AUGGCCUUCAACUUCAACUGGUCGCCGCUCACAGCCGAUGCUGAGUUCUACCAGCGCGCCCGAGAGAUGCUCACAACCGCCCUGAACAAGUCGCCGAAGCCCCCGAUUAUUGUCGAUGACAUCCUCGUUACCGAGUUCAACUUGGGCUCCGUGCCCCCGGAGCUGGAAAUCCUAGAGAUUGGCGACAUUGCCGAGGACCGCUUUCGUGGCAUCUUCAAGAUGUGCUACUCCGGUGACGCCUUCUUGACGCUGAAAACCAGAGUUCAGGCAAAUCCUCUGAACACCUACCUGUCUUCUAAGCCGGGGUUCACAUCACCCCAACCAUUGGCGGCGGCAUCGGGUCUCACUAUUCCGCUGUCAAUAACACUCUCCGAGAUCAAGCUUUCGGCUUUUAUCAUCCUAGUCUUCUCCAGGCAAAAAGGGCUGACCCUGGUCUUCCGGAAUGACCCACUCGAAUCGCUCAAGGUCUCCUCGACCUUUGAUUCGAUCCAGUUCGUGCGCGAUUAUCUCCAGCGCACUAUUGAGGCACAGCUGAGGAAUCUGAUGAUGGAUGAACUCCCGGCCAUUAUCCACCGCCUGUCGCUGCGCUUGUGGUGUCCCGACUCGCUGCCGAAGGAGGAUGAGACGCCUAAGGAGGACGCCGAGGAAACCGAGGUCUACCCCUUGGCGAGCCCACCGUUGGAUCCCGUUGAUGCCAACGGCAACCUUCUCGACGCCAACGAAGUUUCGUCGCUGUCGCUUGAAGGAGGGCCGGAGGUUCAGUCGCUCUUCUCCCAGAAGAACCUGCUGAGACUUGCUGCUCUGAACGACUCCCACCGGACCUUCUCCCUCUUCACCCCAGGCAUCCGCGAUGUCGUGUUCCGAGCCUGGACCGGACCUGCAGUGUCCGAGCCUACUAGCACGCCGCCGACCGCGACGCCCAGCUUGUCCAAGACCAACUCCUUCCAUGGAACUUCCACCACAUACACCUUCUCCGACACUGGCAGCGCCUCUCAUGGCCACCUCCCGUCUCGACCUUCGAUGGUGAGUCUCAAUUCGGCCACCACCGGAUUGUCACUGGGUGCCGGUAUCAGAUCCAAGUCGUAUGCUGGUCGGAAGAAGAAGACCAGAGUGGUCAACCUCCGACGGUCUAAGAGCGAGGUCGGCGAGACUCCAGAAGACAGCGAGACUCAGUCAGAGAUGGCGUCCGAAACUGCUUCUGUCGCCGGCCCUUCCACCGAGCCCCUCAUGGCUAGCUCUAUUGCUGAGGAUCCCGAGGAGGAAGAGGCCCUUGCGAACUUGGCAGAGUCAACCCCUAGUAAGGUCCGCUUCGGCCCCAUGGAGAAGACCCGUUUCCCCUCCAGACCCCCCUUGCAGCCGAACUUCUAUACCGCGCCCAAGGAUGUCCCGAGCGUGCCCAUCAAGCUGGACAGCACCCGGAAAGCCGAGGCUGCCGCUCAGCCUCAAUCUCAGACAGCCAAGGAGGCGGGAGCUUUCCCUAGUGAGAAAGCCAACGCGGAGAAGCAGCCCAAUGGCGACUCUUCCGAGACCUCGACUGUUUACGAACAGGCUUGGAUCAUGAAGAUGGCUGGCGAGAUUGCCCGUCGCGUCUACGACGAGAAGAGCCGCCAUCCGGACCUCUGGGACGAGCGGGAAGACAUCCCGCCUCCGGCCUAUGAGGCAUCCGCAUAA